ACACAAUACAAAAUCAAAAUAAUAAAAAAACAACUUUCCUCUUUCUUCUUUAGCCUUCCAUUUAUUCAUAGCCUGCUUCUGUUCUCACCUUCCUUUCUUAUCAUCAUCUUCUUCAAUUCAACCCCCUAUAAUCGCAAUCUAUACACACACCUAUACAUACAAAUCAUCAAAGUAAACAAAUAAAAUCAUAAAGUUUCGAUCUUUAUCAAAAUCUCCCAGGGUUUAUUCACAAUUUCAUCGAAUUAAUCAUCUUUUUACACAAUUGCAUACGUACAGAUACACGCAGAGAUCCUGAUUGCUUGUUUUGAUCUUGAAUUGAAAUUCGUGAUUUGUGAUUUUCGAUUGAUUUAAUUGAUUUUUAGGGUUUAUAGGAGGUGGAAUUGGUUAAUUUGGGGGAAAGAUGUUAGGAGCUGGGUUGAAUUUCGGCCGGAGACGAGGAGAGGAGCGAUUUUACAACCCGGCGAAGGCGCGGUCGACGCGGAGAGGGCAGCUGAAUCAGGAUCAUCUGAGGAGAGCGCUUAGUGAUGUUACGGCUAGUCAGUCGAAAGCGGCUUCGAAAGAGGUGGAGGUUGUGAAGGAGGUGGUUUUGGAGCCGGUGGUGUCUCCGUUGUCUAAUUUGGAACGGUUUCUCGAAGCAGUUAUUCCGUGUGUUCCUGCUCAGUACCCGUCCAAGAGAAUGUCGAAGAUACGGAGGAGUUGUGAUGGGGAGUUACAGCCGUAUUUCUUGCUUAGUGAUUUGUGGGAGUCGUUUAAGGAGUGGAGUGCUUAUGGUGCUGGUGUUCCUUUGUUACUUAAUGAUACUGAGUCUGUGGUUCAGUAUUAUGUUCCUUAUUUAUCUGGCAUGCAAUUGUAUGUUGAUCGAUCAAAGCCCUCAGCGGAAGCAAGGCGGCCAGGUGAGGAUAGUGAUGUAGAAUUUAGUAAUUUUAGUAGUGAUGGAAGCAGUGAUUAUGAGCAUGAUAGAAGUUGCAUAAGUUAUUUGAGGGAACAGCGGAGUUACAACAAUUCAACAGGCGAGUUAGUUCAGAGAGUUGAGGGUUUGUCAUUGCCUGAUCAAAAUAUUGCACUCCAAGAAGGAUUUUCAAGUGAUGAGGGUGAACCUAGGAAACCUCAAGAUUUCUUGUUGUUUGAGUAUCUUGAGCGUGAUCCACCCUUUGGCAGGGGACCUUUAGCGGACAAGAUAUCUAAUCUUGCUCUUCGGUUCCCUGAACUGAAAUCACUGAGGAGCUGCGAUUUGCAACCUUCCAGUUGGAUAUCUGUGGCCUGGUAUCCAAUAUAUAGGAUUCCAAUGGGACCAACACUAAAGGAUCUGGAUGCUUGCUUCUUGACAUUCCAUCAUCUUUCUACACCCAUGACAGAUAAUUCAAGUACGGUUCCUGCUCCUGCUCCAGUGGUGACAUGUCCUAGUGAGAUUGAUGGUAUUCCGAGGAUUUCAUUGCCUAUUUUUGGUUUCGCCUCUUACAAGUUUAAAUCAUCGCUAUGGACAGAUAAUGGCCAAUUAGUGAGUUUGCUCUUGCAGGCUGCUGAUAAUUGGUUGACUUUGCGCCAGGUCAAUCACCCAGAUUUUAGUUUCUUCUGCCGUAGAUGAUAACUGGAGAUGAGUUUUGCGCUCUGCGCAUCCUGUCAUUCAGCGAAUGAUUCUAGUGGUUUGUUGAAGUGAAAAUUAAGAAAAGAAGCCUGAAAAAACAAAAAAAAAGUUAUUAGAUCGAAAGAAAGAUGAUCAAGGCACUGCUAUGAUGUAAGAAGGUCAAUGACUGUAUACAAAUGGUUAGACAUAAUAUAGUGUUAGAGUAGGCACAUAAGGGCUGAAGCAAAUCCCCUAGAAGACCACCUCUGCAUGCAAUGGGUAGAUCUGUGUAAUCUAGUUUAUGUGUGUUAGAACAGGCUUAUUUUUUCUGUCCUGAAUUAUAAUGUUUUUCCUAACUUGCAAGGGGAUUGUGAUAGGUAUAUAAUUAAUAGAUGUAGCUCCCUGUGUAAUGUUUACUUGAAUUAUUCACAUAAUUAAAAAAAGAAGACAAAUUUAGGUA